UCCGGGCCGGUGCACCAGCCUGUUCGCCUCCACCACGAAGCUCACCUCCACGGGCAGCGUCUGGGGCUUGGUUUUGGAUAUUUCCAUGGCGAAGUAGACGCUGGCCGUGCCCGGGACCGGCUCCCUGGGCGUGGGCCGGCUGAAGCGGGCCCGGUAGUGGUGGAAGGAAAGUCAAACCUGCAACAACAUCUCAGCUUUAAUUUCCCUCCAUGAUGAGAGCAAAGCUGCUGUAACUCAUGGCUGAUAGCCGGCCAGACUGGGCGCUAUUCCACUCAAACGUUCAAGCUUCACCCUUUUUGCUUCCUGGCUGAUGCUCCCUGUGAAUCGGCAGACGCAUGUCGCGGUUAAGGACCACAAUCGACAGUGUCACGAAGGCCGUAGGAAACACAGACCUCGUCUCCAAGUUCUCCCGUUUCAAGCCUGGGAAUGUCGCCGCCGACAGCGGCCAAGCAGCAAAGGUCCUGGUCAAGGGUGAGACGUUAAACUCCAACGGCGCAGCUGCUGCCUCACCGCCUGCCACUGAGAUGAAAGAAGGUGAGGCGGAGAUGGCGGAAGAAGAGUCAGAAAAGCAGAAGGAGCAAGUUAGAGAAGAGCCUUUUGUUGCCACGAAGAAAUCAGCAUCUAAUGUAGCUGUGGCGGCCAACGUGUCUGCAGCUGGUGCUUCCACAACUGUGGCAAAGCAAACCAGGCAGCUGUUUCAUCCAGUAGCUCUGUCCACCAACAUGGAUGAGACCUACAAGACUCUGUCCCACCACAUCAACAGCUACUUUGGCAGCAACGCACAAGGAGAAGAUGGAGAGAACAGGCAGCAGCCGCACAAAGAAGGAGAUGAACCUGUUUCUGAACCUGCUCCUCACAUAAGCUCUCUGAGAACAGCUGCUCACAUUCCUGUUUUAUCUCCAGUGUCGGAGACAAAGACCACAGAAACCCCUGCUACCUCUGCCGUCCCUUCAUCUCCAUCAGAAAAGCCUGGUCCUCCCAGAGAGACUCCUUCCUCUGAACCGGCUGCUGGUGAAAGCUCAUCUCAGUCCACACCUACCUCCUCAAAGAAAGGCUUCACCCACUACCUGUCCUACCCUCGGCCCAGCGUCCAGGCGUUCGUGGGCAGCUACAUCGCACCUUUGGUCCCCAAAUUUAGAGGGGAUUCGAAAAAAGUUGUAGCUGAAACAGACAAGGGUUCAGCAGCCGUCGCCGUGAAGGAGCCCAGCGUGGAGAAGCCAGAGAGCGAAGAGGAAAAAGCUGAGAAGGCGAAGCAGCAGCUGCUGAGUCAAAGGGAAAAGAUAAUAGCAAGAGUGAGCGUCGACAACAGGACCAGAGCGCUGGUCAAAGGCCUGCAGAGGGUCAGUGAUGUCAAGCUCCUCACAACUCGUGUGGAGGAGCUCAGCUUUCAUCUCCUGGAGUUCCCCGAGACCCGAGGAGUGGCCAUGCAGGAGAGCGCGUUGCCGUCUCUGCUACGACUGCGUCAGGCCCGGGACCUUCCCCUCCAGGCUGCUGUGAGGGAAGCGCUGGCCAUGGUUGGCUACACGAAUCCAGUCAAAGGCCGAGGAAUUAGGGUGCUGGCCAUCGAUGGAGGUGGAACAAGGGGACUGCUGGCUCUACAGACUCUCCAUAAGCUCCAGCAGCUGACUGGAAAACGAGUCCACCAGCUCUUCGACUACAUCUGUGGCGUCAGCACCGGUGCCAUCCUGGCAUUCAUGCUGGGGAUUUUUCAGAUCCCCCUGGAAGAGUGUGAGGUCAUGUACAGAAAGCUGGGCUCGGAUGUUUUCAAGCAAAAUGUCAUCGUUGGAACCGUUAAGAUGGGCUGGAGUCAUGGUUUCUACGACAGUGAAAUAUGGGAAAGUAUCCUUAAAGAACGGAUGGGCGAGGGGCGCAUGAUUGAAAGCUCCAGGGACCCACACUGCCCAAAAGUGUCAGCAGUGAGCACGAUCGUGAACAGAGGUUUGCCUCUGAAAGCCUUUUUGUUCAGGAACUACAGGCUCAUGCCUGGAGUGAGAUCCCACUACCUUGGAGACUGCAAACACAAGAUGUGGCAGGCCAUCAGGGCCUCGUCCGCCGCCCCAGGCUACUUCCAGGAAUUUGUUCUGGGAAAAGACCUCCAUCAGGAUGGAGGACUUCUCAUCAACAACCCCACAGCUUUGGCCAUUCACGAGUGUAAGUGUCUGUGGCCAAACACACCUCUGCAGUGUGUGUUGUCACUGGGCACCGGACGGCACGAGACGGUGGGCAAGAACAACACAACCUACACAAGUUUAAAAACCAAGCUCACGCACGUCAUCAGCAGCGCCACCGACACUGAAGAGGUUCACACCAUGCUGGAUGCGCUCCUGCCCCCUGACACCUACUUCCGCUUCAACCCCUACAUGAGCGAGGACAUUCCAUUGAACGAGAGCCGCGAAGAGAAGCUGAACUUCCUCAAGAGCGAAGGGGAACGCUAUCUGGAGCGCAACGACGCCAAGCUGAGGAAGGCCGCCAGUGUGCUGGCGCAGGAGAAGGGAACCAUCCAGAGACUGGCCGAGUGGGCCAAGCUCAAAGCUGACAUGUACGAGGGGCUCUCUUUUGCGUCCAAGUUGUAGUCUUGAGCAGGUAUUGUGACCAGAGAGGAGGAUUUAGAAAAGAAAAUCACAGAGUUAAAAAAGAUCUGAUACUGUAAAUGUUUAAAAAAAGAAAGUAGCAUCUAAUUUUAAGUAUGUACAGAGUUUUGAGGAAUUCCAGAUGUUUACGUGGUUGCCUCAUCAUCCACUCAACACUUAACCCUAACCCUGUUUAGUAAAGUGACCAUGUAAUGGUGGGGAGAAAGAAAAUAUCUGUGCCUUUGAGCAUAUAUUUGGAUUGGGAUGUAAGCAAGGACUCAAAAACUCACCUUUGCUUGGGGCCUCCAAGGUUUUAACAUAUUUUAUUCAGUGAGCAGUUCAGGUUUACAUUAGAUUUUAUCUCUGCUAUGAUCUAUGAGAAAUCAAAAUUUGUUAGCAUCUUUCAUAGAUGCGUUUCCCUCCCAAGAAAAGCAAGAAAUCCUGAUUUUUCUGAGUGUUACUGAAUGCAUCAGUAGCGUAGCACUGGAUGCUGCCACUACAGAAACUAAUUUGUAAAACUUUGGUCUAAACUAGCCCACAUAAGCGAUAAUCAUUGAUGUUGGUCCUUGGAGACAUAAAACACAGAGGAGUAGAGUCUAACUUGACUUUAGGGGAAGAAUUAUGACUUACUUUUUGACUGGCGUGUUACCCGCUGGCUGACUGUUAUCUUACUUUAGCUUUCCUGUUUGUGUUGCAUUGAUUUAACAACUUGAGUGAGUUCAAUUAAUGAUUUGCUAAGAAAUGGUGCCUUAAAAAGCAUCCGUACCAGUCCAUGCCGUGGAUAUUUGGACCAUAUCCACGGUCUAAAGGAAGAUGAGCGGGAAAAAACGAAAUGUUUUUGCAAACAAAAUUAUAGUCAAGUCUCUUUCCAUCAGUUUGGUGUGUAGUGCGAGCUCGUGUGUGAGCUCAAGAUAGGAGCUAUAAACUUCCACAUAUGGUAGGACGUAAUUUGGUGGUUAUUGAGUUUACUUGACAUUUAUAUUUGCAUUAAACUGCAAAUCUGUAGGACUGUUCUCAAAAGAGGCACACCUUGUAAAGAAGCUGCUAUCAAUCAAACUUUUAAUUCCUGGAUGAUAAGAGGCGUGGUAUUGUGGUACGUGGUAUUGUAUUUUGAUUAAUACAUGCCACAGUCAUUUCAUUAAGGACCCAGGACGUAGUAUCAACUUUGAAAGGGGAAAAAAAGGAUAUAAUAUGUAUCCUUUUACGAUAUUAAGACAAUAUCGAUAGUGUUAACUAACAUUUAUAAAGCGUUUCGUACUUUGUGGGGUCGGAAGCGUUUCUGACGGACACAAAACUAAAACCAUUGAAACUAAUUCAGUAGAUUUUUGACUUAGAUAAAGUCUUUGAACAUGUAUAGAUUUUAAACUACCUGAAGGUGAUUGUUGACUGGUUUUUGAAUACAAAAACAACUGAGUAGGUGUGUCUGAGACACGUGUAUGAAAAGUUUAUGUAAACAUGACGGCUUAACUGCGGUCAUGCAUUUUCAGUAACUUGAAUAAUUUAAGAUGUAUUUAAUACGUGAUUGCACAGUAAACAGAAAUGUGACUGCCUAUUUUUAACACUUAAGAGAAAAAAAAGGUUUGUGCACUUUGUAGUAUAUAAAUCUUAGCCUCUUUGUUUGAAAGAGGAUGUAAAUGAUAUUUGAAGAAAUCUCUUGCUUGAAUCUGAGAAAAGAAAUACUCCUCAUUCCUAUAUGGUCUUACUGAAAUCUGUAAAUUACUCCUCUGACAUGACUGCUACUAACUGUUUGAAAGCAUUUCCGAGCUGCUUUGAGCAGAGACCUGUGGCCCGUUCAUGAAUAAAAAGUUUAAACCCGUUUCCUCGUCCCUCCAGUCCAAUUCAUGAAUUA